UGCGUGCGUGCGCGCGAUCUCCUUUCCGCUCGCGUCGUGCUGCUGCUCCUCAAUGUAGCAAAGACCAUGACAGGCAUCGCCGCUGCCUCCUUCUUCUCCAACAUUUGCCAGUUCGGGGGCUGCGGACUGCACUUCGAGUCGCUGGCCGAGCUCAUCGUGCACAUCGAGGAUAAGCACAUCGAUACAGAUCCUCGUGUGUUGGAGAAACAGGAACUGCAGCAGCCCACAUAUGUCGCCCUCAGCUACAUUAACAGGUUUAUGACAGAUGCAGCACGGCGGGAGCACGAGUCUCUGAAGAAGAAAGUUCAGCCAAAGCUGUCACUCUCACUGACGGGCAGCCUUUCACGCAACUGCGUGGCCACGCCCCCUCGCCACAACAGCGGCAACCUGACCCCGCCCGUGACUCCGCCCAUCACGCCCUCGUCUUCAUUCAGGAGCAGCACCCCCACAGGCAGCGAGUAUGAUGAGGAGGAAGCAGAAUACGAAGAGUCUGACAGUGACGAGUCGUGGACCACCGAAAGUGCCAUUAGCUCUGAAUCCAUCCUCAGUUCCAUGUGCAUGAACGGCGGUGAUGAGAAACCGUUCGCAUGUCCCGUGCCUGGCUGCAAAAAGAGAUACAAGAAUGUGAAUGGUAUUAAAUACCACGCCAAGAACGGCCACCGCACUCAGAUCCGCGUUCAUAAGCCCUUCAAGUGCCGGUGUGGUAAAAGCUACAAAAGCUCUCAGGGGCUUCGACACCACACCAUCAACUUCCACCCGCCCGUCUCUGCCGACAUCAUCCGCAAGAUGCAGCAGUAGAGAGUGCCAACAUCCCCACACACACAUCACAUGUAUAUACAUCUCCACAUUCAUCCGCACCAGCAGCUGUGGCUGUCCAUGAACUCUGACUUUGACCCGUCUUGUCCUCAGUUAUUUGUCUGGAGGACAGUUUGUCUCUUUCUAUUUGACUCUUUCAAGAGUAAGACUCCUUCACCUCCCUUUUCAUUCCACUCCUCAUGAGGAGGAAACUUUAAUCUUUUUAUAUUCCUCUUCCUCAAGGAAGACUCCCGAAUCCCUGUAUCAUUCCGUACCUCCAUGCGAAGGAUUUGAUUCAACCAUCUAUCAAAACACUACAUUUUGAAUUGCAUGCUUUAAUUCUGUUAUUUUUUUAUUAUUAUUUCCUUUGCUUAUUUGUAUCUUAUUAGUUCACCGUUUUGUAUUUUUGCACAUUUGCUUAAUCUUUUUAUUUUCCUGGUCUUUAUUUUUUGAUGCUAGGUGCUUAUUGUAAGACUGACGGUAUGUUUGGAAAGGUGAGAAUCGUGACUAGAUAACCAGCCUCGCGUGAGUGAACGCGAGUCUCUGUGCGAGAAAAACAAAAGAUAGGAAAGGCUUGAAUAGUCUGAAUGUUUAUCUGUAUAAGCAACAUUCAUAGCUACAGACUGUGUAUAUAACUAUAUAUUCUAGAAGUUUCAUAGUCAGAUUUAAAUUCUAUACUUUAUUCCUAAGUUUUAUUUUGUAUAUUUUCAACCGAACUUCGGAGAUGACAAUAUCAAUUGAUUAUGGAUGUGCAGUUUUCAGUCGUGCAAAAAAGGUUUGAAAAGGUUUGAGUUAUAGCACCAAAUGACUCUCGGGUGACAAAUCGCCAGCAUUUCAAACCCAUAAUCCUGAUCUGAUAGUAUUUUAGAGUAGGCUGUUACACUCUUCCCAGGAGCGUUCUAGAACUCCACAGCGAUCUGGAGAAGAACCUAAAGCACUUUGUAAUGACCAGUUGCCAACCUGUUUAGUGCAUUUUGUAUUGCCAACGAGUUGCAGAAUGUUUUCUGCAAGUCAGCUGCGAAAUUCUAAGGACUAAUAUGGCGCUUUGGAGGUCUCUCUUUCUGAGGUUCUUUUCCCUUUUUUUUUUUUCUAGCUUAGGGAAUUCAUUCUUUCGCUAUACCUCCAGUGUGCUUGUUAGAUGUGAGAUUAUUGAAACUGGUUGCCUUGAAUUGUGGUAUACCACAGCAUUCCAGUACAGUAUAUGUGUAGCCAAGUGAUUCGGAUUGUGUAUUCAUCCGGAUUCUGGCUCGUCUCUGGUGAAUCCGUAGGACGUUUAUACCCCUAACCUGUCACUGGGAUGAUAUAUAGAGUCACAACCCAAAGAUAUUCAAGUGUGGACUCAUACCUUGAAUCAGAAAGGUACUUGAUUUGAUUUGCUUUUGGACUUGUGGGUGGUAUAAAUGAAGAGUCGCUAGAUCCUCCAGAGAUGCCGGCCAGAUCAGGGCCUGCCAAUCACUCAUUAUAACAUCACUGCAUGGACGUUGAUGUCGUUGGAAUUGCAGUAUCGGUUUAGAUGCAACAUUGUAACAGUAUUACACUGCCAGUACAGAGGGAAGUAUUUGAUAUAUUGUGUACUUAAUGUAUUGUCUCAAUGUGAGUGCUUUAAAUUAUAUUUUCUUAUGUUUCUGGACAACAAUGUUCCUA